GGAGAUACGACAGUUAUAUCGAUGAACGUUUGAUGGCGGCCAACCAACCUCGACAAAGAUCAACUCUGAACAGUAGAGUCUCUUUUAGCUGGUGUUUAUACAGAUUACAGAACCUUAACUCUGUAAUCCGGUCAGAAAAUCUCUGUUGCCAUGGAAACUGAGGAGCAGGCUCGGAACCGGUUCCAGUCCGAACUGGAGUUCGUCCAGUGUCUGGCCAACCCGAACUACCUGAACUUUUUGGCUCAGAGAGGAUACCUGAGGGAUAGACCCUUCAUCAACUACCUGAAGUACCUGCUGUACUGGAAGGAACCGGAAUACGCCAAGUUCCUCAAGUAUCCUCACUGCCUCCACAUGUUGGAGCUGCUGCAGUACGAACACUUCAGGAAGGAGCUGGUCAACGCUCAGUGCGCCAAGUUCAUCGACGAGCAGCAGCUGCUUCACUGGCAGCAUUACUCCAGGAAACGCACGCGGCUGCAACAGACGCUGGCCGAGCAGCAGCAGCCGCCACAGCAGCCGCCGCCGCCGCAUGGGAACGCUGCCACCAAGUAAAGGAAAUUAUCCAGAGAUUUCCCACACUGUGGACAAACAUGUCAUUGGGAAGUUCCUGAAGUUCAGGAAUGAAGCUGGAUCCACAAAACUUUCUGAUGCCCAUUUUCAUAAAUGUUUCUUUUGAUUUCCUGACCUUGAAGGUCCUGCUUAACAACAUCAUCAACAGACCUGCCAGCUGUUUGUAUUUAUUUCCUGUUUCUGUUGCUUUCUUCUUAUUUUGUAGUAAAAUGUUUGGAUUCA